AUGACUGGUGAGGGCAAGCAAAAAAUGAGCAUCGGCCGUCCCGCGGGAACGUUUGGUUCGUAUGCGCCAGGAUCAACCGGCCAUAGGUCGUCUUCAUCUACAACUAGUGGAGAAAAUGGGAAUGCAUCCUCUACAUCAGGUGGAAACUCACUCGUGUCAUCGUCGUCCGCUGCUGC